AUGGCUACGUCACUUGAGGAUGUUGUUGGUUCUCGUAGGUCUUGGACUCCUCCACUCGUUGAUUUUGUUUCUCUCUCAGUAGAUGGCUCCUUCAAACAUGACCACCAUCUUAUGGGAAUGGGGGUUGUGAGUGGGGGCGAUCUUGUUAGUGCUGAGGUACGUGCUCUUAAACUUGGCCUUGAGCUCAUUUGGAGCAUGGGUGUCAGGAAGGUUCAGUGUGAGGCUGAUUGUUUGGAGUGUGUGGAGGCACUCAGGGAUGAUCAAUUCGUGCAGCAUGUUCACGCUAGUGAGUUUGCAGAUGUUCAUCAAUUGUUGGACAGGGAUUGGGAGACUCGCCUCAGAAAUAUCCCUCGGGAAGCUAAUGCUCUGCACAUUUCUACGCAGAGUGUCUCGCCUCAGUGCGUGUUUACUAUCCUUGAGGAUCCUCCUAAUCGGGUUGUGCCGUUAAUUUUCAAGGAUACUAUAGGGGUGUAG